CACGCGUCGCCCCUCUCUCAGGUAACCCGGAAGAUGGCGGCGGCGGCGGCGGCGGAGACGAGGCGAGGGGCCGUUGCCGGCCGUGCCGCGUGAGGGAAGCGGCGGUUCCACCGGGCCUCCCCUCCUCGGCCUUCUGCUGCUGUCGUUCUCCGGCGGGAGAACCCAUGCCGAGCCUUCCGAGCCCCGCGGGCUGAGGGCGAGACAGGCCCGGCCGCGCUGAGGACUCGGCGGGAGCCUCCCGUGAGGCGGCGGAGGGAUGCCGGGCCGGCUGCUGCUCCCCGGGCUCGGCUGGGGCGGCCUCGGACUCCUCUGCUGGUGGCUGGGCGGCGGGCAGGCGGCUCCGCUGCCCCAAGCAGGGCCAGGAGAAGAGGCGGCCUUUGAAAUUUCCUACUCCUUGGUAGUUCUUUCUGCCGGCGGCCUCUUAAUUUUGAUACUACUGCUUGUAAACUGUAUCUCCUGCUGUAAAGAUCAAGAGAUUAACUUCAAGGAAUUUGAAGACAAUUUUGAUGAUGAACUCGACUUCACCCCACCCGCAGAAGACACCCCAACAAUUCAGUCUCCGGCGGAAGUGUUUACCCUUACAGUGCCCAGUGUUUCUCUCCCAGCUCCAUCCCAAUUCCAACUUCCAACAGAAGACCUGAAAUCUCAGGUUGCUCGUCAGAAUCUAAAUUAUAUCCAAGAAAUAGGAAAUGGCUGGUUUGGAAAGGUUCUGCUGGGGGAAGUUUACACCGGCACCAGCGUAACCAGAGUCAUCGUGAAGGAGUUAAAAGCCAGUGCCAAUCCCAAGGAGCAGGAGCGGUUUUUGAGACAUGUGGAGCCAUAUUUUAUCCUUCAGCAUCCCAAUAUUCUCCGCUGUACCGGCCAAUACGUGGAAGCCAUUCCUUACCUGUUGGUAUUUGAAUUCUGUGACCUGGGUGACCUAAAAACCUAUCUUUGCAAUGAGCAGGAUAACGUUAAAGGAGACUCUCAAAUAAUGCUGCUGCAGAGGAUGGCCUGUGAGAUUGUGGCGGGACUUGUCACGAUGCACAAACACAAUUUUGUGCAUGGAGAUUUAGCUUUAAGGAAUUGCUUCCUCACCUCUGACCUAAAUGUAAAAAUUGGAGAUUAUGGAAUAGGAUUCAGUAGGUACAAGGAGGAUUACAUCGAAACGGAUGAAAAUAAAUUUGUUCCCCUCCGGUGGACAGCUCCAGAACUGGUGACCAGCUUUCAGGACCGGCUGUUAACAGCAGAACAGACGAAGUAUAGUAACGUCUGGGCCCUGGGAGUGACGCUGUGGGAACUUUUCAGUGGCGCAACAAAGCCUUAUUCUGAGCUCUCCAACGAGGAGGUUUUGAUGCAAGUCAUCAAAGAAAAACAGACCAAGCUGUCACAACCGCCACUCGAACAGCCCUAUUCUGAUCGAUGGUAUGAAGUCCUGCAGUUCUGCUGGCUGUCUCCGGAAAAGCGAGCUACAUCCGAGGAAGUCCAUAAGCUUCUGGUCUAUCUCUGCAUGCAAAGUCAAAGGGAUUCUGUCAUUGAUCCCGAACAGUGGGACGAUCUCAAGCCGAACAUUUCAAACCGAGAACCGUUGGGGAGUUCCGCUUUUCCCAUCCUGGAUCAUUUCAACGGCAGCCGGUUCGGCCGCGAGAUGGAAGAGGUUCUCACUGUCACCGAAACGAGCCGAGGACUCAACUUUGAAUACAUCUGGGAGGCAGCCAAACAUGACCACUUUGAAUGUAACCAGUCAAACCCCGUUGAAACGAAGACUUACACAAACAUCUUCUUCCCGGUGGAGGUGUUUGAGAACACGCUGACCGACCAAGGGCCUGGAGCUCCGGUUGAAAGCGGACAGGAAGUUUCCCUCCUGGUGCCUGGAGAACUUCCCGUCUUUAAUGCCCGUAAACCUUCGAUUGGAAGCGAUUACUACAUCCAGUUGGAAGACAAAAUUGGAGGCCUUAGGAGCAUCAGCUUCGACCACCAGGUUGCCGAAUUGACAACAGAAGUGGACGACAACUCUGAAGUUGUGAAAGACCCAAAUUGUCACGUCGUGGUUCUAGAACACUUUGCGGCUGAAUCCAGUACUGAUGGGGACAUUUUCUGUAAUAGUACAGAUCCCAAGGAAGAGAAUGUACACAGAGUUGGUCUGGUUAGCCCUUCCCAAAAUGAUGGUAUCGCCAAAAAUGAACAGUUGGCAAAUCGAGUCAAUAGACGGGAUUUCACGGACAUAAACAAUAUCCACCUGGAGUUGGAAGCAGUUUCACGCUCGGAUCUUGAGGAAUCCACCCAUGGCUUGCCCAAAAAGGGAAGCUCCCCGCUCACUUCUCAAAAUGAAAUUGAUUACUUGCAAGAAGAUACCUCACAGGAAUCCAAACUUGGCGAACUAACUUUAGAGGAGCUAUCCGAUAACUUCCUUUUUCUUCAGGAGAAGAAUCUACUGAAGUGGACAGCGGGGGACGAAAGUGAUGGCGACCUCAGUAGAGCUCACAACCGAGCAGAUAAACCAGACCCACCAAAUACGAACUCUUUGGGAGUUGAAUGUAACAUGAGUGGGAAAGUUCAUGACACUAAAAAGGACCUUCUUGGGCCAAUAGGGACGCUUUCUGGUUCCCCUGCGGUCGAUAAGCUCCUCUUGUCCUUUUCCAGCCCUGGGAAAAAUCCUCCUAACAGAGAAGUUGGAGAUCACUCUACCCACACUGUUGCCUCUUCUCUCCUUGAAACAGAACACGCCUCCGAUCUCGGUUCAACUGAUAUCCAUUCCGCACAUGUCAAAAACCAGACCCAUGGUGUCAGCUCCUGCCCUGGUAUCCAACUCAACGCUCAAGAGGAAAGAGAGGAAAAUAAACAGGAACUUCAACACUGCGGUAACUCCUGGGAGUUGACCCCCGAUUUAAACCCUGAGAAAUCCGAACAAGAUAACGCCUACGUUCUGAAGGAAAGUGACAGAACCUCUCAAGGUGACAGGUAUGAUCCGGAAGGUCGUCUUCCCACAGAUCGCAUCAGCCACGAUAGCCUACUAGAAGACAGUUCAUCAGGUUCAACCCCGAGCCUGGGACAACUCGUCGAUACUCCGGACUCAUUUGAGACAUUAGACAUGAACGAAGUUUUAGAAUCCUUUGAACCAGAGAGUCCCCGGAAAUGUUUGCCGCCUGAUAAACCUGCCGAUAGCGGCUACGAAACGGAAAACCUCGAAUCUCCUGAAUGGACUUCGCAUCUGGUUGGUAGCAAUUCUAGUGAAUCGGGUGGAGAUCUCAUGCGGGAGAAUCCCACGAUCGUCGUGUCAGCGGAUGUCAAUCCUUACGCCGACCUGACAAACGUGGAUAAUUUUGAAACCACUCCUCGAGCAGCUUUGGAAGGCGUCCAUAAUUCCUACAGAGAUUCGGCCUACUUUUCCGAUAACGAUUCGGAGAUGGAUAAGAAAUCUGAGGUCACGCAUCUAUCGAAAAAGCCAACAGUAUUAACCAAGGACCACGCCGAUUCCUUUGAAAUGGAAAAUGCUGGGAAUACAAAAAACACUUCGAGGGGUGGCGAAAUAGCCAAUUAUCAGUUCAUCAAUGACUUGACUUCCCAACUGGACGUGAAAGGAGGAGGAGAAGACGAGUCCGACGAAACAAAGCAGGAUUGGCUUCAUAAAUCCGAACGUACAAUGCCACCGCCCCUUGUCCCUGGCCUAGAACAUACAGAUGAAGAUGAAAUAUAUGAGGAUUUUCCCAAAAGUGUAUCUUGCACAGGCACCAGUACGGCGGAUUUUUUCCCCCGGGGCGAUCUGAAGCUGACCCCCGCCUUGUACGGUGCUCCCGAACACUUUGAGAAAUCCAUAUUGGGCCAGCUUGAAGGCCAUAAGUUGAAAGAACCAGACAUCGAAGGAAGGUACCUCGGGAAGCUUGAUGUUUCUGGGAUGCUGGAGCUCUCCUUAGACGAAGAGGACGCCGACGAGGAAGAUGGGAACAGCGACGAUUCUGAGGACGAUAUGAAGAGUUUCCACCUCCAAGGGCUUAGCUCGGACAGCGAUGAUGACAUUAUGGUGCACCCUGUGCCGGAGAUCAUCAGCGAUGGAAGUGAUGGGAAGCACCUAAGAAGCUUGCUGAAACGGCCAAAGCAACCCCAGGAGAACCACUCGACCGACGGCUUUCAGAAGAAUGGGAAAAAAGCAGUAACAUUCUUUGACGAUGUCACCUUAUAUCUAUUUGACCAGGAAACACCAACCAAAGAACUCGGAAAGCGUAUUGCCGAAUCAAACUCUAAUCACACUCCUGCCCUGCCUGCCAAUUUUGGUUACUUGAAUAAAUUCACCAGUUCCGAAAGCUCUACGGAUGAAGAAGGAGGUUUUGAGUGGGACGAUGACUUCCCGUCUCCUGGGCCCUCCGUGAUCUUGAAGGCCGCAAGCACUCUUAUCAGUUCCAAAUCAUCUUCUCUUCAGACCUCAAAGUACCUCUCUCCUCCGCCACCGCCCCGAAGCCCUGAGCAGGACUGGUUCCGCCCUUCCCCUUACUCCAGGUUCUCUAUCUCACCGGCAAACAUUGCGAGCUUUUCGCUCACUCACCUGACAGACUCCGAUAUCGAACAGGGAGGGAGCAGUGAAGAUGGAGAAAAAGAUUAAGGCCCCGAAGCUUCUCUCGGUCUGUCCUUAGGAUUGUGAGGAAUACCUCUGCUUUGGACUGAGAGCCAUUUAAAAAGGAAAAAAAAAAAGUUGCAUCUGAAGAUGAAGAUCUGCUGAAGUCCUACAAUCCAAUAACCGGAUAAAACGACUGAGGGAAACACGCAGUCAGGAGCAGAAUUUGGAAUGGAUGUAUUUUCACGGCAUACUCUUUUGGAAAAGCGGUGCAUUUGGCAUUUUCCUCUUUAAAUAUAUGUAUGUAUAUAUAUACAUAGUAUGUAUGUAUGUAUGUAUGUAUGUAUGUAUGUAUGUAUGUAUAUAUAUAUAUUUGUUUUCUGAGGUUUUCGCGGGUGUUUGUAUGUAGGUCUUGGGUUGUUCGGGUUUUCUCCCGUGUAAAAUUGGAAGUGUCUUGGUGACGUUUCGACGAAGUCUCAUUCGUCAUCUU